UCACUUCACACAUCCCAACACAACACAACACUACACACCACGCAAGUGACCAUUCCCUCAACUUCGCGAGACCUUCUCCCAUCGCGCGUGCCUUCCUUUGCACAAUCUCUCUCCACUCUCCUCUGCCGGCGAACAGCUCAUCUCAAGAUCACCAUGUCGAUCCCGACCGUCGUUCAUCACAUUCAUGAAGAGCCUGCCACAGAGGUCGCUCAGGGUACCUCAAUCCGUACCACCACCGUGGACCUCUUCCUUCCUGAUGGUCUAUCCCCGGGCAUCGACCAGUACUACUGUACCGGUCACUGGAUGGCCGUUGGUGCUGGCAACAAGGAUGGGUACGAGACCUACGCUGGAGUGCCGUUCAUGACUCCUGCCAGAGAGGUCACCAACGGUUCUCUCGGAGCCAAGCCCCCUCACAGAUGGGUCUUCUUUAAUAUCGGCGGUUUCCGCGCCGGUGCCUACAAGUUCCACGUCACCGCCAGCCGCAAGGAAGACAACCAGCCCAUCUUCCGCACCGGCACCAUCAUGACCGUCCUCGUUGUCGCCGACAGCGACGACGACGACAAGAUCAGCGGCUGCGGCCGCACCACCACCAAGGAUGCUCUCAAGUCCGACGAGGAAGAUACUGACUAUGACUCAGAGAGCUGGUCAGACGAUGAAGAUGAUGUUCCGUCGCCAGCCCAAGGCUUGAACGAGCAGACGACCUCGCAGCAAGCAUGA